CUGCUGCUGCUGCUCCAGCUGUGUGCCCAGGGCCACGCUCCCCACACCUCCCCGCCGCCCCACCGCUGCCCUACCACCUGCAUCUGCACCUCCGACCUGCUGAGCUGCAGCCGGCAGAUGCUGCAGCACGUGCCCCGGGCGCUGCCACCCACGGCCACCACGCUGGACCUCAGCCACAACGACCUCACCCAGCUCCAUGACCACUGGCUGGCCGCCCUCCCCCACCUUGAAGUCAACCACAACCAGAUUAAGGACCUUUCUCCGCAGGCUUUCCACAAUGCCUCUUACCUGCGGCACCUCGACAUGUCCUCCAACCACCUACGUGCCAUUGAGACACACUACUUCAACGCACUGGUGAGCUUGGAGGAGCUUCUGCUCUACAACAACCGCAUUACACGAGUGGAUGAAAAUGCCUUCACCAAGCUGAGCAGCCUGCGGAAAGUCUACCUGAGCUGGAACAACCUGACCGCUUUCCCCUUUCGCUCGGUGCAAGGGAUGGGCAGCUACAGCCUCCGCACGCUGGACCUCUCCUCCAACAGCCUGAGCAGCAUCCCCGUGGAGGAGCUGGCAGCUCUGCCCGAAAACAUCAGGAACGGCUUGUACCUGCACAACAACCCCAUCAGGUGCAGCUGCUCGCUCUACCUGAUGCUCCAGCGCUGGAAGCAGCGAGGUUUCAGCUCCGUGAAGGAUUUCUUUGAGGAACACACCUGCAAGGUGUCUGACAAUGUGCCCCGGUCCCUGAUCAAGUUCCUCAAAUAUAACCACAUGUUUGAGAACUGCUCGGCGGGCCCCGAAGACGUGCACCCCGUGCCCUUCCCCGUGAUGGUGGGCCAGACCCUCCUGCUCGCCUGCAACACCAGCCUGCCGGCCAAGGCCACCUACAUGUGGAUCUCCCCUCACUGCAUGGUGACCCUGCUGCUCGUGCUCAUCUACUUGUCCCUCACGCCCUGCCACUGCCUGAGCUGCUGCAAGAAGCCGGCUCCUCUCAGCCCUCCGCAGGAGUGCAGCGCCCAGUCCUCCAUCCUCAGCACCACGCCUCCUGCCACUGAUGGGCCAAACCGCAAGGUCAGCACCAACAAGCACGUGGUCUUCCUCGAGCCCGUCAGGGAGACACAGAAUGGCAAGAUCCGCCUGGCCCUUGGUGAGGACUUCCCCGACCCCAAGCACCCCAAGGUCCUGCAGCUCAAGUCGGACUCAGAGUCCAUCAGCUCCGUCUUUCCAGACACUCCCAUCGUGUCGUAG